UGGCGAAAAAAGGAACUAAAGCUUGUUUUUGUAAGAACAAAAUGUUGAAAAAGUACAUAGUAUAAAAACGAUUAUUUUUGUAUUCCUUACAAUGGAUGUUCUAAAAGCCGAAAUACUAAAAAAACGAAAGCAGUUAGAAGAGAGCAAUGUUUUGAAAAACAACAAAAAAUAUUUUAGAAGGGGUGAAUUAAUAUCAAAGGAUCAAGAAGUGAAGGAAACCCAAAACAGUAAUGAUGAAGAUGUUAAAGUUAACGUUAAGCAGCCGCACGAAGAGUGUGUAACAGAUGAUAGUUCUGAACAUUUAACAUUACCUAGACACGAAGUGAUUAAAAGAUUACGCGAAAGGAAUGAACCUAUAUUACUGUUUGGAGAAUCAGAGAUAGAAGCAUUUAAAAGGUUAAGAAAAUGUGAAAUUCUUGAACCUGAAGUAAACAAGGGUUUUAGAAAUGACUUUCAAGAAGCUAUGGAACAGGUAGAUCAAGCAUAUCUCAAUGAAAUAUUAACUUCAUCAAAACCCCAAAGUCGUGAUGGAAAAGGGGAUGUACAUGUACCGGAUGAAGGAGUUACUUAUGAAGAUCUACAAAAGAUGUCUUUCAAAUUAAACAAGGGUGACAGGGAUUUUGAUUUGCAUGUUAUUACACAAUUUAUACAAUUCUUAGUGCAAAUGUGGGGCAUCCAAUUAAAUAGUAGGAGCACUGCUGAAAAGAUGAGCACCAGAGGAAAAAUGGCUAGUGCUACAUAUGCUCAGACAAGAGAAUACUUAAAACCUCUUCUUAGAAAAUUAAAAAAUAAGUCCUUACCUGAGGAUAUUACUGACAGUUUAACUGAUAUUGUUAAACAUUUACUUGAACGUAAUUACAUACUGGCAAGUGAUGCAUAUUUGCAAAUGGCUAUAGGGAAUUCCCCAUGGCCCAUUGGUGUGACUAUGGUUGGGAUUCACGCACGUACUGGAAGAGAAAAAAUCUUUUCUAAAAAUGUCGCGCAUGUAAUGAAUGAUGAAACUCAAAGAAAGUACAUUCAAGCUUUAAAAAGAUUGAUGACCAAAUGUCAAGAAUAUUAUCCUACAGAUCCUUCUCGAUGCGUAGAAUAUUCUAAAACAUAAUGCAUUUAAUUAAAAUAAGUAGAUAAGUAUGCAUUAUAGAACAUAAGGUAUUAAAAAUUUUUUAAACAUAGAA